UUAUGAGCAAGUCCAUUACAGUCGUGCACAAAGUGUAAUUAAAUUCGAUUAUCAUACCAUUGUCAUUAAUUGAUUCUAAUAAAGUACUUCAAUUAUUCGUUCGAAAAUAGUGUCAAGUAUUGAUCGAUUCUAACUGACCAAUACAAUGAAGACAGGGAUUAUGGUUUUCAUGAUGACUUUUGUAUGCAUGAGAUCACAAGUUUCUAAUGAAGAUGGCUCUCAAAAGGAAACUAAUAUUUUGCAAGGUGAUGAUUCGUCAGAAAAUACUACUCAAAGAAUAGUGGGAGGAUAUGAAGCAGACAUAACAGAGUUUCCAUGGCAAGUUGCCAUUACCUAUUACAAAAAACAUAAUUGUGGAGGUAGCAUAAUUAAUCCUUAUUUCAUAUUGACAGCUGCCCAUUGCACUCACGGAUUAUCGACUUCGCAGAUGACAGUCAGAGUGGGGUCGACCUACAUGGAUAGAGGCGGAAUGGUUUACGAGAUAAGUUAUAAAAUAGAGCAUCCAAAAUAUCAAGUGCAGGAUUUCAUUUAUGACAUUGCACUGUUGAAACUGACAGAAGAACUGGUUUAUUCCGACAAGGUGAAACCAGUCAAUUUACCUCAUCGAAACGACCCAGAUCCUGAACCAGGCACGUUCGCAACAGUUUCUGGUUUUGGUCAACUUGAUGCGGAAUCUAAAAAAAUGUCUCGACAUUUGAUGGCAACAGAUGUUCCGAUUAUAUCUAGAAGGAAAUGUAAAAAACUUUAUCCAAGGUAUGUGGUCGACGAAACCAUGAUUUGUGCCGCUGCACCGGAAGGUGGGAAAGACGCAUGCUCAGGAGAUAGUGGUGGCCCUCUUAUCUUAGACGAUGUUCAAAUUGGAGUUGUGUCAUGGGGGAUAGGCUGUGCCUCCGCGGAACACCCCGGCGUUUACGCAUCGGUGAAGAAAGCUUUGAAAUUCAUUAAAGGAAAAUCCAAGAUUAGAGAGAAAAAAGUAUCGUGUGAAUAAAACCACAAAAUCUGUGUUUUGUAUAUUUUUUUAAGGCAACUCUACAUUAAAGAUUUUUCAAAAUU